AUGACGACCCGCGCGGGCGGAAAGGUGGACAGCCACGGCACCUCCGAUGAGUUCGAGCCGUCUUUUUUGGAAGCAUUCGUCCCGGCGCUUCCACACCUUGCUUCAAGGAAGAUCAAAGUCGCAGUCAAUGCUGGUGCAAGCAGCACAGAAAAGCUUUAUCAGACGGUUGUUGAAAAAAUCAAGGACUUGGGUCUCGAUUUAACCGUGGCUUGGGUCGCAGGAGACGAGGUAUUAGAGGCUUUCCAGAAAUCCUUCAAGGAAGGAAAUGACUUCAAAAGUCUGACGCAUGGUCGAAACCUGAGGGAUUGGGAAUUCGAACCAAUCUACGCACAGGCGUACCUAGGUGGUUGGGGCAUUUGCGAAGCUCUGAAGCAGGGCGCCGACAUUGUGCUCUGCGGACGCGUGGCGGAUGCAUCUCCCACCAUUGGCAUUGCAGCUUACCACUAUGGAUGGAGUCGAACAUCGUACGAGGAACUUGCAGGCGCUUUUGUCGCUGGUCACUUCAUCGAGUGUUCAACAUACGUGACUGGCGGAAAUUUUUCUGGUUUUAAAAGCCUUCCUGGCAAAGUCACGAACCUCGGCUUCCCCAUCAUUGAAAUGGCAAGCAAUGGCCACUUUAUCGUGACAAAGCAGGAAGGCCGAGACGGCAUGGUGACAGUGGAUACCUGCAAAGCGCAGCUCUUGUACGAAAUUCAAGGCCCGCUUUACUACAAUUCCGACGUCGUUGCUCGGCUCGAUGGCAUCGAGAUACUGCAAAGUGGAAAAGAUCGAGUCCUGGUCACUGGUGUUAAAGGCAUGAAGCCGCCACCAACGACAAAGGUAGGAAUUACAGCGAAGGGUGGCUAUCAAGCUGAGGGUCAUUACUUCCUCGUAGGUCUUGAUAUCGAAGAAAAGGCGCAUAUGAUAGAAACACAGGUGAGGCAUUUGCUCGACGAGUCCAGGUUUCACUGCCUCAAGUUCCGCACCAACGGACGUUGCCCCGAAGACCCGCGUAGCCAGGAUGCCGCUACCGUCGACCUUCGAAUUUUCGCCCAGGCGCGCAAUGAAGAGGACUUGGCCUUGAGCAACUUUUUCCGUCCAGUUUCGGAUGUCAUAAUGCAGAGCUAUCCAGGUGCCACGUUUGGUGUUGAUGCUCGCCAAGCUCAACCCAAGCCUUAUUAUGAAUAUUGGGUCAGCCUCCUACCUCAAGCCAGUAUCAGCCACGUUGUGCACCUCCCCAGUAAGGGGCUAGAGCUUUCGAUACCCCCUCCAUCAGACACAGAGGCAUUCGUUCAGGAUCAGGAUACUUAUGAGACCUCGAACCCAGUUAACGUGGAUAGCUUUGGCCCUACCACCAGAGCUCCCCUCGGGUAUAUCGUUCAUGCGCGCUCUGGUGAUAAGGGGUCGGACUGCAACGUGGGAUUCUUUGUUCGACAGGCUGAUGAAUGGGACUGGUUGCGCAGCGUCCUCACUGUUGACAAGAUCAGGGAGCUGCUUGGAGACGAUGAUACUGGCAAGCCUAUCUCCCGCUUCGAAUUGCCUAAUAUUUGCGGUAAGCUCAUGGUCUCUAUUUGGAAGUACCCCUCACUGAUUAGAUCCUAG